AUGGGGCUCUUGCAGUAUCUUACCAUUCUAGUGAUAUUGAGGACAACGGUAAUUGGACAGAACCGAGGCAUCCACAGGGCCGAUUUCAUCCGGGAGAACGGUUAUGAACAUCCUCUGUAAGUCGUUGUGAUUUGAACUUGUACUUUUACUUUCAGAUCUUUUCACUUUUAAAUUUUAAAGUUAAAAAAAGAUUUUAAAUCUUAAUAUUGUACUAAAUAUUCUGCUUUCAGGAUUCUAGACAUUGACUAUCGUUGUAAGUUUUUAAUUUCUUUUAAAAAUCAAGUCUUUUAAGUUUUAAAAUUUAAAAAAUUUAAAUUCAGGGUCAUUGGAUAAGCCAGAGUUUCAAUUGGAAUUUGUUCACGAAAACUUUGCCGAGUUACAAAUCACGUUUAGGCACAGUGCCGAGUUCUUGUUGAAAAAACCAUUGUAAGUUAUUGUCUUAUGCUAUAUCAGGCUUUUGUUUUAGAUUACUUUGAUGUAGUUUUAAUCUUUUUUAACAUACGAAAGCGCAGCUAUCAGCUUUUGAUUAACCUGUGCAAAUUAUUUAGUGAUAUUAUAUUUUAGAUGCUUCACGGUAGUUCCGGCUUCGAAAAUUUGUGCGGAGAGUCAGCAGGUCCAAUCAAACCUCGUCACUACAUAUUACUUUAUAAUCGACACGACUUACUGUGGUAAGAAACUUUUUCAAUAAAAAUAGUUUGAACUAACACUUUAGGCUUGUUUUUCUCAUAUUAACCUGUUUUUAGAAUACAACCAAGACUACGCACAUAAACAAACAAUUGGCGGCGUAGAGUACAAUCUGGUCAUCGAUGUUCCACACGAUCCUGCCGAUCUCCAUGACAUGGUCUACCUCAACUUGGUCAUCACCAGAAAAGGCCGUGUGUUCGGAAAUGGUCGAUAUGUUGCCACGAUUGACUCGGUGACUCCACUGGUGACAAAAGACGAGAAAAUGAUGGAUGUCUUUGAUAUUGGACUUAAAGACUUGGCCUUUGUUAAGGUGUUCUUCCAACCAGAUGGUUUUGUCAGGGGUGUUAUUGGUGAAGAAGAAAUGAUCAACUACACUUUGACUCACAGGACGACCACUACUACACCGUGCCCAUCCGAUGAAGACAUUUAUGAACAUGACGUCAUGGGCAUCAUCUUGGCAUUGCUGUUCUGGCUGGUGUAAGUUUAUAGACUGUUAAUGUUACAAUGAAUAGCUUUGGUUUGAAGGAGUUUGGAUAUAUUGCAGUAGCCUCGCAUACCUUGUAAAUGACUCAAAGUAUUUUAAUUCAAUUUUUUAGAGGAGCACUCAUUGCUUGUUCUCUUGCUAGCAUUAUUGCCAUCAUUUUGCUAAAAGCGGCUUUUAGUGAGGGAGUAAGUUUGGUUUACACACUUUAAUUUUAUGAUUUUUAAUGCUUUUGAAUCAAAUUGCUCGUUCUAGCAAGAUCAAGUUGACGAUGAUGAGGACUUUGCCAAGAAUGCUGACAAAGAUAAGGUCAAGGAGGCGUUGGCGGCUAAAACACCCAAAGGUGGCAAUGAUAAUGGACGUCGCGGCAAGAAGAAGAAGAAGGACAAAGCGAUCAAGGACUCGAACAAGAAGGGCAAGGGCUCCUCCGAAGAGAAGAGUAAAUAUGUCACGGCCGAAGACGAUCAGAAGAGUGAGAAGAGUCAGUACAAGACGGCCGACGACGGAGAUGAGAAGUCGGCCAAGAGCGCCUAUGUCACGGCCGAUGAUGGAGAUGAGUCGAAGCUGGUCUAG